UCUAUUUGAUUCAUGGAUUUUUUUUAUUUUGAUCACGUGAUCAAAAGUGUGUGUGCGUUUGUGGGGUGGUCAACAUGCAUGUUUGUUGAACGCCUUUGAUAAUUGAUCGUAUUUAGUUUUCUGGAUUUGGUUUUCUUUUUUUUUUUGGUUUUUUUUGUCGUUACAUUUGAAAAUUUAUCACAAUAAAAUAAACAAUGGAUUUUACAGCAUUAGAAUUAGGCCUUCGUAAUCGACAGCUAUUACAGGUAAAAUGUUUUCUACGUAUUCAGAUUGAAACAUUUCGUUAUUUUAUUAAACAAGAUCUAUGUAAUUCAUCAUCAAAUGAACAAGCUGCUGCAUUGGAAAAAUUUUUUCUUCAUGAUUGGCAAAAUGUUGUCAAUAAAAUUGUUUCCUUUGCAACCAUACAGAUGAGCGGUGAUUAUGCAGCCAAAAUAUUCUCCAUUCUAUUAUAUCGAUCAUUGAUUUAUUCAUGUAAUCAACUUAUAAUGACCGUUUCGGCUAUCCAAAUCGAUAAUGAUGAUGAUGAUGAUGAUAAUAGUGAUGAUAAUGUUUUCAUACGUUCAACGGAUACAACACAAUCAUUGCGAUCAUCACCAAUAUCGAAUACGAUGGCGUCCGAUACGAAUACAAAUGAAAAUUCAUUACGAUUAGUGAAACAACGGAUACUUUUACAUUUAAUUAAACAAAUAAAUUCAAUGCGUGAUUGUCUUGAUAAUCGAAUACGAUUGAAUAAUUCGCUGUUACCAAAUGAGCCAUUAGAAUCAACAAGUUUGAAAAUUGUCAGACCAAAAAUAAACGAUGAUUCAAGUGAUCAUGAUGAAUCAUUAUCAACAAUGCUCAAAACAAUCGAAGCUCUACUAAAAACAUAUGGAAAUGCACAUCGUUUUCAGGAAUUAUUCGAACGUUCAUUACAGAAUAAUUCAAUUCCAUUGUUUGUAUGGGCAGUGAAAAAAUUUGCUCAACAAUCCAAUAGUGCCUAUGGUGAACAAUUGAUUCAUUGGGAUAUAAUCGUCGAACGAAUUGUUCAAUAUACAGCAAUGAAAAUUAGUCGUCCUGAUUCAAUAGUCGAUGAUCGAUUAAUUUCCGAAAUCAAUUCCUAUCUUAUACAGACUGGUCGUCCAGUAUUUGAUAUAUUAUAUGCACUAUUCAUACAAACUUCGGAUGCUAUUAUUCGACAGAAAUUAUUACAUAUUUUUGCCAUUUGUUUAGCUAGCCAUCCUGAAGAUGAUGAUCCUAAUGUUCGCAUAAUAAAUUCGAAUGUCAAUUUCAAACAAUUUCAAUGUCAAUUUGGCCAAUAUUUUCGAAUGUUAUCCAUAAUGGAUUUGUAUAUUUUUUGUUUUCGGCCAAAAAUUUCACCAGUCAAUGAUGAAGAAAAAUUAGAAAUUGCAUUCGAAUGGAUUAACAUUAAUGAUGAUGAUGAUGAUGAUAAUGGAAAUAUUCGAUUGGCUAAAUCAUUUUUAUUGCCCAUUUUAGGUGAAUUAACACAACAUUCACAAAUGUUAAAUAAUUGGGAAGAAAUGACCGCCAAUAAUUAUAAUCUAAUUGUUUUCGAUCCAUUUCGUCAGCAUAUUUUUAUUGAAGAAAAUUUCCAAUCAUACAUUAAUGCAUUAUCUGUUUGGCAAUAUCUAAUCGAUAAUAAUGAUACAAAAUCAUUAAUCAAAUGGAUCGAAUCAGAUCAAAUUAUUCAACCAUAUUGUGAUCAAAUUCGUCCUAUAAAUCUCAAAAUGUCAAUUCGAAUGUGUGAAUAUCUUCUACGACAAUCACCAACAAUACUUUUAGCCGAUAUAUUCGUUGCAUUAAUAUCGAAUCCUUAUUUUUUCAAUCAACAUGAUUUCAGUGAUCUAAUGGCAAAAAUGUUAUCGUUUUCGGAUUUUCUUCAAAUCAUUGGCCAAACAAAUAUUCUUUCAUCUGUGAAUAGCUGUUCUUCCGGUAAUGGCUGCGCCAUUUUGGAAAAAUUAUUAAACAAAGUGAUAAAAUUGUCUCAAUUAGUGCAACAUUGUAUCGAAUCUAGACAAUAUGAAUUUCUAUUUCUACUCUAUAAUCGAUACAAAAUUGAUUUUGAUGUCUUUUUCUCCAGUUCAUCGAAUAUUGAAGAAUCAUCAUCAUCAUCGAAACAAAUGUUGAAUGUAUUGAAUUUUAUGCGCGAUCUUUGUCGUUCGAAUGGUGAAGUGUUUGAAAAAUCAUUAUUUAUCCAUCAAUUUUUAGUCAACGAUUUUUCGAAACCUUUAAAAAGCAUAUUUAGCCAUUCAAAAUCAUUCGAUGAAAAUGUUAGAUUUUUGCUUGAAACAUUUGCAGCUGGUUCAAUUGAUUUGGAUAUGAUUUUAAUGAUUAUAUCAUUUUCAUCAAAAUAUGGUUUCGAUGAAUUUUUCGACGCUUUACAGCAACAAGAACCUGAUCUGGUCAAAUCAUUCGUUAAUAAACUUGCUACAAAAUAUCCACUUGUUCAUCGUGCUUCCAUUUCACAUCAAGAAUCAAAUGCAUCAUCAUCAUCAUCAUUAAACAUUUAUACAUUCCUUCAACAAGCCAUACCUUUUGUCGAUAUUAAUAAUGUUUUCCAAUGGCAAACAAAUCGUUGCCUUUCGAAACCCAUUACGAAUGAUUCAAAUUCAAAUCAUCAUAAUGAAAUGCCACAUUUUUCACAAAAACAUUUAUCCGAAUUAUAUGGUUUUAAAUCCAAUUUAAAUGCAUCAUUUUAUCUGAAAAAUCUUCGAAUAAUUGAAGCAUUUUUAACAUUCAAUAAAUUCUUGUCUUCGAAUGAAAAAUCACGUGACCGUCAUUCGAUCAAUGAAAAAUUAUCGAUAAAAGCAAUAAAAAAAUCGACAAUUAUUGGUUAUAAUAAUAUUAGUGAUCAAUCGAUAGUCACUACUUGUCUACUGUUUCAAUCGUUGAUCAAAUCCUCUUUGAUGCCCGGUAAACAUAAAUCAUCAAGCAAUCAUCGUUCUUCAGUUCUACGAGAAACAUUGGAUAAAAAUAUUUUCAAUGAAUGUGAAAAAUUUCGCUUACAUCUAGCUUUGGGACGAUUAAUCAUUGAAUAUGCUGGAGAUUUUCUUAAUCUUGAAGGUGUACAACAACAACAAAAUGUUCUGGCUACACUUCUUCGACGUUCGCAUUUUCAUUCAGAUCGAAUUUGUUCACAAAAAUUAUUAGAUUUAGCUACUGUUGCACUUGAGCGAAAAUAUUCAUCCAUACGAAAACCUUUGACCAAAUUUAGACGACAACAACAACAACAACAACAACAACAACGACAACCGCCGAAUCGAUCGCUAAAUGUGAAAUUUCUCUUAUUGUUUAUUGAAACAUCAAACAAAUUUAUGACCAAAAACGAAAAUGAUAAAGAUCAAAUUGAAUCUUUGAUACCGAUGAUUGAAUCAUCCUGUAAUCUAUUGAUCGAAUGUUUUGAAUGGAAACCAUUAUUCAUGUUUGCCGGCCAUUAUUCAUUGAAACGUCCAUUUGGACAUUUUCUUAAUAAAUGUACCAACGAAGAUAAUUGGCUUGUAUUUGUUAUCUUUGCACAGUUAUAUGAAAUUCCUAAAGAAGAUCUACAGCAGAUUUUAUCACAAUCCAAUUUCAAUAAUCAAUGUAUUGGUGAACAUUUGGCCAAAGCAUUUCAAAGUUCACGACAUGUAAACGUUACAUCAUUGAGUGAAGCUGAAUCAAGAAUUUUACGUUCAAAACAAACACCAGAUUCGUCUCGUAAUGUUUUAUAUUCGAAAUUAUUCAAAGAGAAAUCCAUUCCAAUUGGAUCACCACCACCGGGUCAUAUAUCUCCGCAAAGUCCACCGGAUAAUUCAACCACUGUAACCGAAUCAGAUAGUCCAGAAAAUUUAUCAUUAUUUUCAUCAUCAAUGAUUAGUGGUGAUUUGAAUUCACAAAAACGUUCAAAUGUACAGGUUUUAUUUGAAUCGAAAUUACAAUUACAAACAGCAUCGAAAGAUUUUCUUCAACUUAUUCUAGAUAUCUAUCGUAAUUGUGUUAGCUUUGCUCAUUACCAUCGUGUUGGACCAUCAUCAUUUUCGAUUGAAAAAUCUUUUCAAAUUACAUUACUCUAUACAUCGGUAUCAUUGUCGAAUCCUGUACUUGCAUUGUUGGCCUGUUCCAUGAACAUUUGUGAUCAACGAGCAUUACCGGUGGAUAUUAAAACAACACCUUCGUCAUCCACUUCACCAAUUCAAUCGCCUAAAAACGGUCAUAAUCAACAAUCAUCCAUAAAACGUUCGAUCGAUUCAUCAUCAGCAUUUGAUCGUAUUAAAUAUCCAUCGUUUGCAUGUUGGCUACUUGCAAGCGUAUCCACUGCUUCAAAACAAUCAUUCAUUGAUUGGUAUUGCCAAACGAAUUCAUUAAAUCCAACAACAGAUUCAUUGAUUGAUUGUUUCAUUCAUUGGUCACCUGAACGACUAUUACGUUUAAUCAAUAUUCUUACAGCGAAUGAUGCACAAAAUUAUCAGAAAAUUCUCGAUGGUUUCAAAAUGUUUGAUAUUCAAAUACCGAUCCUGUAUACAUUAUUGGAAUUUCUCAUUGAAUUUCUUGUGAUGAAAGAUUAUUAUCAAACCAGUGAUUUACUACAACGUUUUCAAACAUUGUUAGCUGAAUAUAAUGAAGAAGAAUUUAUACAAAAUGAUUCAAAUAAAUCAAUGGAUGGUGAUGAUUCCAAUGAUGAUAGUGAUGAUUAUGAAUGGCAAUUAUCCGAUUUCUUUCAACGUAGCUGGAUCGAAAAAUGUUCAUUGAUAAUGAUAACGAAUUCAUUGUUGAUUGCUCGACAAUUUGAAUUAAGCAUCUUACUGAGCCAUUAUAAUUUCGUUCGAAUACAGGAUUCAUUUUCAUCGGAAAUACAUCAAUACGUACCGGAUAUUCGUCGAUUCUAUUUGUUUAGUCAAUGUUUGAAUAAAGUACCGGAUUAUUCGUUACCAAUCGGACCAUUAUUAUCAAUCGAAGCGAAUACCAAUGAUGAAUCACGUUAUGGUGAAGUAUUGAAAAAUCUAAUUCUUCAGCUACAACAAUCUGGUCAUUUUGAUGCCGCUAGAAAUAUUAUCAAUCUGUUGACGAUUGAAAAUACAAAUGAAUUUAUCAUUAAUGAAUGGAUGUUGAAAGCCAAACAAGCGGAAUUAGAAUCAUCGAAUAUUAAUAAUAACAAUAAUAUUGAUAUAUCAUUCUGGGAAGAUUGUUGGUCACAGGUUGUACGUAUUGAUCCAUCAAUGCAUUCAGCAUUCAAAGUAAUGGAACGUUUUGUUCAACAAUUGGAACCUGAUCAAUUGUUGAUUAAAUGUUUUGUAUUAUUGAAAUGUUUACUUGCCAUUGAAACAAUAUUGAAUGAUACUAUCAAUGAAAUUGAAUCAAUUUAUCCGAUAAUCAAUCAAACUAAAGAUAAGCAACAGCAGCUGCAGCAGCCACCUGAUGAUAAUUCAACCAUUAGUAGUUCGAAUGCAUCAUCAAACAAUAAUGUUGAAUUGAUACAAGAUUAUUUUAAUUUUGAAUUGUCAUUCUGGAAAUCGGUUGUUGAUUGUGAAAUGUUUAUACAAAAAAUGGAUACCUCAAAUGAUAUGAAACAAAUUGUCGAUAAAAAUAUUAUCACCGCUUGGCAAGAUAUUUGGAAAGAUAUUGUUCAAUAUUUUACAAAAUCUUUACUUAGAAAAUUCAUUCUGCCUAAAUUAACCGAACGUUAUCCUCAUAUCGGUCAAAAUGUUGAAAAUCAACGUUCAAAACAACAACAAAAUGUUCAAAUUGAUGUUAAUCAAUAUCAAUCAUUAAAUCGUGUAAUCGGUAAUCUAUUGGAUCAUUUUUGUUAUAAAAAAGCCAUUGAAGUGGCUAAACUUUUUGGAUAUGAUCAUGAUGAUUUUGAAAUUAUUCGAACUUGUGAUCAGAUAGCUUCGGGUCAGCUAAAAGAUCUAUCCGAUGCUUCAUCAAGUGUUCAAUUGAAAAUAAAAAAUCAAGGUGAAAAUUAUUCAAAUGGAAUUGGAAAAUUUAUGAAAGUUACAUUGAUAGCGGGCAGUAAUCUGACAGAUGAUCAACGAAAAAUCAUGACAAUGAUUGAAACAUUGGCCAGUUUUACAACGAUUGGUGAGAAAUUUUGUGAAUACAUUCUUUUACAUUAUAAGAUUGCCUGUUUGCUACGGAAAUCAUAUGAUGAACUUAAAGAUACUGAUGAUGAAUAUUCGACAACUCCAUGUCAAUUAUUGGAAAUGUUACUAUUAUCCAAUCAAAUCGAUGAAUCAAUAACGGUUGGUCAUGAUGUUAGUAGCUAUUCGUAUCAAUCAUUCAAUGAAUUUAAUGAUAGUUCAAUGGAUCAAAAUCAAAUGUCAUCAUUGAUUGAUAAUUAUUCGGAAACGAUAAUGUGUGCAAAAGAAUUUAUUCGAUUUAUGGGUCGUAUUGAUGAUCGUCUUGUAAAUGAAGAAAAAAUUGUUGAUUUAUUGGCCGAAUUUGUUUAUAAUGAUGUACAACGAAUUGUUGAUCGACAAUUCAAAGAUUGGGAUGAUCCAUUCAAUGCACAGUAUACACUGUUUACCGAGAUUGAAUUGGAUCGAAUUCAACUAGAAUUUAAUUCGGCCAGAUUUUCUGUUCUUAAUCGUUUAUUACGUGAACCAUAUCUACUUGGACAUAAAUUAUUGGAAUGGGUGAAAAAAUCUAAAACAAUAUUUGAAAAUGCAUGGAAUGGUUUCAAUCAUUCAGAUCAUACGAUUGAUGGACAACAACCGACAGUUAUACAUCAGAAAACGGAAAAAGAAAUUCGUUUUAUAUUGGCAAAACGUAAAUAUUAUGUACAAAUAGUUGAACUGUACAUUCGUGCACAUGAAUCAUUCACCGCUCAAUGUGAUGUUGGUGGUAUUGCAUUGGUGUUGCGGAAAAUUCGUCCAUUAAUUACACAGGAAUUACGUCCAGCACGUUAUUUUCAUCUUAUAUUACGACUUUUGACCGGUAUUGGUCGAUAUUCUGAAAUGAUCUAUUGUUUUGCUUUUCGUGAAUGUGAUCGUUUUGAAUUGAUUCUUUCGAAACGUGUACAAAGAACACCACAAUUACGGAUUGCAUUGUUGAAUUAUCUAAAAAAUGCCGAACAUAUUGAUGAAUUAUUACCAUUGGUUGCUAUACGAUUUUUUCUUCAUCGUGAAAUGGCCGAUCAACAUCGUAAUCGUGCAGAAAAAUUGUUGAUGGAAACAAAUUUUAAUAAUUUGCAUACCUCAUCAUCAUCAUCAUCAUCAUCAUUGAAAACAGCUAUGCCGAUACGAUCAUUAACAAAAAAAGUUUCUUCAACAAAUUCAUUAUCGGAAAUGAUAUCAACAUCACCAUCGUUACCAACAUUCAAAUUAACACCAUCGUUAUUAAAUAUGAAUAAUUCGAAUGCAUUAAAAGAACAAUUAGAGGCAAUAAUGUUUGAAUUUCAAGAAGCGGAAAUUAAUUAUACAAAAGCAUCAUCAUUAGCGAAUGCUGAUUAUUGUUCAUGGCGUGCACAAUUGAUUGCUUUACAAUUAUAUCAUUUUAAUAAAUCAAAAUUCACGGCCUUACACACUGAUAUAUCGACUACUGUACCGAUCUUAAUCAAUUUAGAUAUGAAUCGAGUUCGUGAUUUCAUCAAUCAAUGUAAUCAUUAUUAUGAGGCAUUGAUUGUGGCCAAAUCCUAUCCAGAUGUAAAUAUUGAAUGGGCUGAUCCAUUUUUCAAUAAUGCAAUCGUCAAUAAUAAUGUUCAAUAUGCUGCACAAUUUCUUGAUAAUUAUGAAAUUUCUGUUUCAUUUCUGGAAAAAGUAAUCAAACGUUUUGAAUUAUUUUCGACAUUAUUUCGACAACAACAGCAGCAACAUCAACAACAAACGAUAAUCAAAUCAUCAUCAAAUAGUCAAAUAGCUGGCCAAUUAUUCUCUUCAUCAUCAUCAUCAUCAUCAUCACCAUUGCCAGCAUCUUUUAUAUCAUCAUUAUCACAGAUUCGUUCAGAAAUGGAAUUACAGAAAAUAUUUCUCAUAUUAGAACAGAUUAUGGAAUCUAUUCUUUGUGAUGGAGUAAAUACAACGGCCCAAACAAAUGAUUCGAAUGUUGAAUCAUCCACAAUGAAAUUUGCUUCGACGUCAUUUCUAAAGAUAAAUCUACAUGAUCGUUAUCGUCUUGCUCGGCGACUAAAUUCUCGUCGAAUUUUACGCCAUUUGAUGGCAUUGAAUCGUGAAAAUUCAGCCUAUCUUCUGGAUUGGAUAGCCAAAUCCAACCAGAAUCAAUGUGUGAAUAACAAAAAUUGAAAAGAAAAUUCUCAGAUACUGUGAUAUAAUAAUUCAAAUAUAAUUUUUUUUAAU